UGUGGAGAGACCAGAGCGCCUUCAGCAGAAGGCACCAUGCAAGUCCUCCUCCUCCUCCUCUCAGCUGUGGGGUUUUGCUGGGGACAGUACAACCCCAACACCCUCUCUAAGAGGACAUCUAUUGUACAUCUCUUUGAAUGGCGCUGGGCGGAUAUUGCUCUGGAGUGUGAGCGCUAUUUAGCUCCUAAUGGAUUUGGAGGAGUUCAGGUUUCGCCUCCAAAUGAAAAUAUUGUCGUUACUAACCCAAACAGACCUUGGUGGGAAAGAUACCAGCCUGUUAGUUACAAGCUCUGCACUCGGUCAGGGAACGAAGAUGAGUUCAGAGACAUGGUGACCAGAUGCAACAAUGUUGGAGUUCAUAUUUAUGUGGAUGCUGUUGUCAACCACAUGUGUGGGGCUGCGGGUGGCUCAGGCACACACUCUACCUGUGGAAGCUAUUUUAAUGCUGGAAACAGAGAUUUUCCAGCUGUGCCAUACUCUGGCUGGGAUUUCAACGAUGGCAAAUGUCAUAGUGGAAGUGGAGAAAUUGAAAAUUAUGGUGAUAUAUAUCAGGUCCGGGACUGCCGCUUGGUCAGCCUUCUGGAUCUGGCCCUGGAGAAGGACUACGUGCGCUCCAAGGUGGCUGAGUACAUGAACCAUCUCAUUGAUAUUGGUGUGGCAGGCUUCCGGCUUGACGCUGCCAAGCACAUGUGGCCUGGAGACAUCAGGGCAUUUCUGGACAAGCUGAAAGAUCUAAAUACUAAAUGGUUUCCUGAAGGAACCAAACCAUUCAUUUACCAGGAGGUGAUUGACUUGGGUGGAGAGCCGAUCAAAGGCAGUGAAUACUUUGGAAAUGGACGAGUGACAGAGUUCAAAUACGGUGCAAAGCUGGGGACAGUGAUCCGCAAGUGGAACGGAGAAAAGAUGGCCUACCUAAAGAACUGGGGAGAAGGCUGGGAAUGGAUAAAUUGCAUUUGUUUAUUUUCACACAGGAAUAUGAGUGUCUAUUUGCAAACUGGACUGCCUGCUGGUACGUACUGUGAUGUUAUUUCUGGACAAAAGGAGAACAACAAAUGUACUGGAAAACAGGUGCUUUUUGCCACAUUGCCUUAUAAUAUGAGCACUAUGAUGAUGAAGAAAGCAACAGUGUCAUCCCGAGAAACACCAGGUCUUUCAGAUAACUCACAAAACCCAGUGUUAUGGUCGGCUUUACUCACGAUGGUUGUUUUUAAAAAAUAUUAGUACUAGGAAAUAUUU